CUGCUCAUCUGUGAAGACGUACUGUCCGAUACAGUGAGAGAUGGAUUUAGAAGCUAUUUAUCAAAAUAUUGAUCGCAGAGAUACUGAGAGCACAACUGGAGCUCAAACUCAGAGUCACGGCCGGGAUGAAGAAAAAGAUCUCCAGCACAGAGGAAGUAGAUAUUUGGUGUUGAUCUCAGUGGGUCUCGGGCUCAUUUGUGUUCUUCUGCUGGUCUUCAUCAUACUGCUCAACAUCACCAUCACAGCAGAGAGAGACAUGACAAAUGGUUACAAGAACACAGUUGAAGAGCUCAGUCAAACCAUCAACAGCUUACAGGACAAACACACUGAUCUAACACAGAAGAACCUGGAGCUGGAGACCAAAGUUAAAGAUCUCACUGCUGAGAAAAACCAGUUACAGAGAGAUUUUGAUUCUUUGAACAAGAAGGGUCCAGUUUGUUUCUUCAUGUCCACUGAGUUGAGCUGGUCUGACAGCAGACAGUACUGCAAGGAUCGUGGAGCUGAUCUGGUCAUUAUCAACACUGAAGAGAAGCAGAGGUUCAUAUCUUCAUUAGUCAGUGAGAGAGUGUGGAUUGGUUUGUCUGACUCAGAGAACGAGGGCGUCAUGAAAUGGGUGGAUAAUUCAACACUGAAACAAGGGUUUUGGCUCAAAGAUCAGCCAAACGACAGUGGAAAUCAGGACUGUAUUGAACUGAAUUAUGAAAGAGAGAAGCCGGGAUGGUCACCACUGAACAGCUGGAAUGAUUUUUCAUGCUCUGUGAAGAAAAAGGGGAUUUGCGAGAAAUAGGGUUCAUCUUGUCUUUUGGUUUUGCUUUUAAUAUCUAAUAUAAUCAUUCUAAUUGUAAUCACAUAUGUUCUGAUUGAGGUCCCUGCCGUGGAAAUUUGUUAGAAGGAAAAUGUGAAAAUGUAAUUUUCUUAUUGUUAUAAUAAUCUUUGUUUCUCAUGAUGUGAAUUUGGUGAUCUAGGACACAAAACCUCUGAUGUAUUCAUGUUUUGCUGCAUCACAAGCAGCUCUAUAUUAAUAUGAUCUUAGUUCAACUGUUAUCAUGAUCUCAUGUGUUGAUCUUAAGUGUUGAGGAGACAAUCACAGUAAACUACAGAAGUCUAAAGUGUCCAGAUUACUCUUAUUCACCUUCUUACUCU